AUGGUCCUUGUGCGACGUCUGUUGUAUCUUCUGCUUCUGCUGUUAAGCGUGGCAUGUGUGGUGGCAGGUGAGUCACCACAACAAAAAGGUGAACUUACUGAAGUGUCUCAAGGGAAUUCGCAUCCUUCUGUAGGUGCUGGAGUUAUUCCUGGUGAUGGUGAUGCAUGUAAAACUGAACCGACUGGUUCAGAGUGUCCUCGUAUCAGUAGUGAACCCGAAGUUCCUCCUGCUGAAUGUGCGGAUUCUCUUGAGAAGGAAGGUUGCAAGCCUACUGAUCUUAACACCAAAGGCAGUUGCCCUGAUGAUUCCAAGCCAUCUUGUACACCAAAGGCAAUGCAGGAAGUGGGUCCUGCUGAAGCAGAAGAACAUCGUGUAAACACUAAUAGCGAACUUUCAGCUCCCAUUGGUCCAGCUGUUCCUGCAAGAGCCGGGGAUUCUGUUUCUAACGAAGCACAUGAAGGUAGGGCUGAAGCACGUCACGGUGGUGAUCCCGGUGAAAAAAAACUUCCGGAAACUCAACCUGGAAAAGAAACUGAAGCUUUUCCU